AUGAAGUCCGCUCUUCUUCUCGGUCUCUUCACAGGCAGCAUCUUGGCCGCCACCACCGGCGAGGGCAUCAAGCCCGCCAACGUGGACACUUCUGCUGACAUUGGCUUGCCCAAAUACUCCCUCAGCCUCGCCGCUGGCGGCAGCCAGCAGGCUUGGUGCGGCGGCUUCACUGCAUUUGCGUGUGCCAUGACUUGCGGCCGCCUUCAUUAUCCCUGCUACCAGUGCCUUCCUGCCGAAUGCAAAUGCCUCAAGUCAGGCUGCUAA